CUGGUCGAAGCACCUGGUUCAAGACGCUCAGCCGGGAGACGGACAAAAUCAUGGCUUCAUGCCUACAUGCUUUGAUGCCGCGUGGCCGUCGACGCAAACACAAUGUCAAGGGACUGGAUGCCCACAUGGCCGCACUAAUUGAAGUUGACUGGCGGUAUUUCGCAGGCAUAAAAAUAUCUCCGAAUAUCCGAGUUGAACGGGUUUCCACUUUCCAGUUCCCAAUCCCAUUAGUCACUGCGGGGCAACGGCUCAACGGCUUCCCACUCCGACCGCUAUAUAAUACCCUAAGUGUUCGCAUCGUCCAAUACAGGCCGCACAUCCUCCACUGACGGUUACCGUUCCCGAUGAACUCUCACCCUGUAAAGGCGAUG